AAAUGUGCCUUACUUUUCCCCAAGUUUGAUUUUGGUUGCCUCUACAUCCAUGUUCAAAACUUCAAAUCACACAGAACACGAAAGUGUAAUUCCCACCACAACCCCACUUCUCCUCCCAAGCCUUUACCAUCGGUUACAAAUGAACACCGGCGGAAGAAGCAGCACAAGAUUCCACACCAAAAAACCACUAAAACCCUCUUCCUCUUCCAUCCUUACUUUCUCUCUCCUCAUUCUCUUCCUAAUCUUCUUCAUCUUCUACAAUGAUAUCUCAACCUUUGUCCUUCCCCUUUCAACCCAACCCCCGCCUUCCCAAUUCCCUGAAUGCGGCGUAAAAACAACAGAACGAUUCCUCUGGUACGCCCCACAUAGUGGGUUCAGCAAUCAAGUUUCCGAGUUCAAGAACGCCAUUUUAAUGGCCGCCAUUCUUAAUCGGACCUUGAUCAUUCCACCUGUUCUUGAUCAUCACGCUGUCGCUCUUGGUAGUUGCCCUAAGUUUAGGGUUUUGGGUUCGAAUCAGCUCCGACUUCAGGUUUGGGAUCACGCCAUUCAGUUGUUUAGGGAUGGAAGGUAUGUCUCCAUGGCAGAGAUCAUCGAUCUUUCUUCAAUCUCUACGGUUGUUCAAACAAUUGAUUUCAGACAUUUUUUAUCAUUUUGGUGUGGUGUGGACUUAAAUUCUCUUUGCGCAGAUGACCCAAAUAUCAAGACAUCUUUGUUGAAUAAGCUGCAGAAAUGUGGGUCUCUUCUUUCUGGAUUUCAUGGUAAUGUGGACAAGUGUUUGUAUGCUAUUGAUGUAGAUUGCAGAACUACGGUCUGGACCUAUCAAGAGAAUGAUUCAGAUGGGGCUUUGGAUUCCUUUCAGCCUGAUGAACAACUCAAAGUGAAAAAGAAAAUUUCAUAUGUUAGGCAUCGGCGAGAUGUGUAUAAUAAUCUUGGGCCUGGUUCUGAAGCUCAUUCGUCCACUGUGUUAGCCUUUGGAAGUUUAUUCUCUUCCUCAUAUAGAGGUUCACAGCUUUAUAUUGACAUCAAAGAAUUUCCAAGAGAUCGUCGAAUGCAAUCCUUGCUCAGUAAGAUUGAAUUUAUGCCAUUUGUUCCAGACAUCAUGAAUGCAGGAAAGGAGUUUGUUCAGAAGAACAUUGGAGCACCGUUUCUCUGUGCACAACUAAGGUUGUUAGAUGGGCAAUUCAAGAAUCAUUGGAAGGCAACUUUUUCAGUGCUUGAGCAAAAGGUUGAAGCUUUAAAACAGGAGGGCUCUCUCCCUGUUCAUAUCUUUGUGAUGACAGAUCUUCCCCAAAGUAACUGGAGUGGCAGUUACCUAGGUGACUUAGCUAGUAAGGCAAGCUCAUUUAAACUUCACGUCUUGAGUGAUCGGGAGGAAGUUGUGAAAAGAACUGCAGCUGAGGUUGUAGCUGCUCACAGUGACCUUCAGCGCAGCCAUUGCUUUCAUCAGUUGCCUGAUGUUCUACUUUAUGUAGAGGAGACUAUUUGUAGCUGUGCUUCUCUAGGAUUUGUUGGGACAGCUGGGUCCACAAUUGCGGGAAACAUAGAGGUGAUGAGAAAGAACAACGUCUGCUUAGAAAAUGAUUGAGAUUGCCGUUUUAUUCUGUAAAUUUAAGAGCAUGAAUCUUCUCUUGCCUUAUCAAAUUGGUUUUCGGCUUCUUAAAGUCCAGUCUUGGAACACUGAAAGCCUAUAUCUCCUUAUUUGCGGCAUUCCUGGAAAUGAGACGGCGUGUUGCUGGUAUAAAUGUGAAGAUCACGAGACCUGGUGAUUGCUGCAAUGGCUGUAGUAAUUGGUUCCCUGUGGCAUGUGUUGAACGAUUCCCAUCAUAUUGUAUUGCAAGCGCCGAUGUGCUUAAUACAACAUAUUGCCACAUAUGCUCGAAGAGAUUGGGUAUAAGAUUGUAUUUUAAAUUUGUUCAUAUCAAAUAUACAAGGCAUGCCUGGCGCAACAAGUGACUAGGUGGAUGCAAUUCAACUCUACUAGUACAAUAAAGAUACGGUGCUUUGCUGCUUGCUUA